GACGGCUCGCGCUUCGCUCGCGGGCUCGCAGCUGCAGCGCCGGGCACGGAGCGCUCCGCGCCCCGCGGCGGGUCCCGACCGCCCGGCCAUGGGCUGCACAUGCAGCACGACCGGCCGCUGCCAAGCCAGGAGCAAGAAACGACUAAGAGCUCAGCAGCCAAAGGGGCAGGUUUCCCGGGAGCUGACGGCCUUGAAGACAGAGAAUCAUGUCACCGCAGCUCCCUUGCACGAGGAUGUGGAGACAAAGAAGGCGCUGCUGCUGGAGGAUCAGAAGAGUGAGAUUGCGAGGCUCCUGCAAGGACAUCAGGAGGAAACGGAGAGGCUGAAGGAAGCCCACCAGGCAGAGACCCAGAGACUGACCCAAGACAUUAAAAUCCAGGUGGAAAAGGAAAGAGAUUUAGAGCUUAAAAAGCAGCUCUCAGAGCAGUUCGACACACUGAAGAGAGAGCAUGAAGAGAACCUCCGAGAACUCCAGAGGGUCCAUGACCAGGAGAUGAUGCUCUUAAGGGAAUCCUACCAAAGGUCCCAGUCUUCCUUACAGGAGAUGAUUGACAGGUUGAAUUCCCAGCUGAAAUCCUUCCAGGAGAAAAUGAAACGGGUGGAGGAAUCGAUCUUGAGCAGAGACUAUAAGAAACAUAUUCAGGAUUAUGGGAGCCCCAGCCAGUUCUGGGAGCAAGAACUGGAGAGUCUGCAUUUUGUCAUAGAGAUGAAGAACGAACGCAUCCAUGACCUGGACAAGAAGCUGCUGAACUUGGAAACAGUGAUGGAGAAGAACCUGCUUCUGGAGGAGAAAGUGAAAACCCUUCAGCAGGAGAAUGAGGAUCUGCACGUUCGGACACAGAACCACUUGACAAUGACAAGGCAACUGUCUGACGAGCUCCUGGUGGUUCGGGAGGCCCUGGACAAGGAGUCCCAGCUGCGGGAGCAGGCGCACCGGGAGAAGGAAGAGCUGCUGUACAGGGUCCUGAAUGGUGACUCCUCCUCUACCUUCCCCAUCCCCUCCAGUGAGGUGCCGCUCAUUGCCACGUAGUGCUCUGGGAAGUGGCGACGGAGGCUGCUGGGAUGAGGAAGCAAGCGAGGGGCACCAGAGACUCUUCCACCCCUCGUUUUAGCGCUUCCUUUAUUGCACAGGUCCAAAGCUGCUGUCAUGGGGACUCUGUCCAGUAGAAGGGGAGCUCCUCAGACUUCCAACCCUGGGACGGCCUCCCUCUAAGGGGACAGUGCAGCAUUUCUUGGAACCUUUUCAAUGUGCUUUUAACCCUCCUGUGUGUCCCCCUGCCUGACUCUGAACAUGGAGGAGCUUACGAGACACCCCAGAACCUAGACACAUGUGGUGUGAGGUAUCCUGGCUGCCCCUGGCUUCACAUCUCAAUCAGUAGCUGUGAUUACAAGGGGAACAAGCUAGCAAAGCUAAGGAGCUCUCCGGUGCGUUCAGGAAGGAGAGGCCUGUUUCACGCACUGGUUUGCCCAGGUGAAGUUGAACCGGAGCCCUGCAUCUGAACAACCUCAGCUUUUGGGGAAGUUUGGAUCAGGCUCCGGGGCUGAAGUUCGCAGCUCAGGUCCGUCUCUAACCAGAAACAAAGUGAAGGAUGCUCAUCUCAGAUGGAGCUGUUUAAAACAGCAACUAGCUGAGUCCAGCAUCAGCCACGGGUGGCUUUGUGGUGUACACUGGCAGGCAGCGGGUGAGGCGACCCCUUGGCGUCUCUCUCUCUGGUAUUCUUCAAGAACAACCCCACAAGGAAAGUUUGAGAGUCUUGGAGCUGGAACAUGCUGCUCUGUGUGACCCAGGCUCAGGGCUGGCACUGGCUUCCAGAAGACUAUGCCUGCUGCUGGCCAAGAAGCAAUACCAGCUUCAGAAGAAGCAGCAAGCCUGCUGUUCCCAGCUGGAGAAACGGCCCCAAUGGCCCGUAGCAGCCACCCGAAGUGGUGCCCGAGGUGGCAAACAGGGGGGAAUGUCUGCUGGGCCAAGUGAGGAUGGGGAAAGGUAACACAGUGAGCGAGAGGUGGACAGAGCUUGUCUCUCCCUGGUGCGCUCACUGCUCAGGCUUUCUGGGAGCAGAUGGUUCCAGCUCCAUAGGGUUGCCCACGCACCCCCUGUCCCUGGAAACCACCUGGCAGUGGCAACCAGAGCUGGACCAAUGAGCGCCUUCAGCAGGAGUUUGGGGAGCAGCAGAGGGGAAGAUGGACAGCUGCAUGCCCCUGUCUCAGAAAUCCCAGACCUGCCUGCAGAUGGAACAUGUGGUCCAGUAACACCUCUGGGGAGGAGAUGGGGUGCCUAGAGCUCCUGGUGCCCAAUGACUAGGUUACAUGGGCCCAUGGAGGGUGACUGGAAAGUUUGCUCCUGUGAGCGGGGCUGCUUGUCUAGUCCCGCUGAGCUCCCAGUACUUUCCUGAACCCUGUGCUGGGCUCACCCUGGCCAGACCCCUUGUCUCCUGCCGUGCUGGUCCUUUCUGGUUCCCAGCUCCAUAGUGAACCUUCCUUGGGGCUGCUGCAGUGAGAAUCACCAUCUCCUGUAGCCUUCGCCUUUUGAUUGUCCAUGGCCCUGGUGGCUUUCCCUGACAGACUCGGCUUCUCUUCCAGGUCCCAUGCCCUCCUUCCUGUUGGCUUCUUGCCAGAGUUCAGCCCACGGCCUGCCAAGUUCUCUCUUGCUUUUGUUUCAGAGCACUGCCUCCCAGGGCUUCCCUCCCUGGAAUCUCCCCUUCUUUGGGUCUGCCACAGGUGCCUGUCCCCUUCUGCAGCUCCUCUUCACAGUCUUCCAAGCUUCAGUCCAAAUCCCCCUUAGAUUUUGCUGUCACUGCCUCCUGCUUCCUCCUGGCUCAGGAUAAUAGUCCUAUUGCCCCAGGCUUCCUCAUGGGCCAGCCCCUUCUAGUUCUGGCUCUAGCCUCCUCUCUGCCCUUAGCCCAAGAGAGAACAGUCCUGGGUCUACCUCUCUCCUGGGUCUCCUCCCUGGCCUUUCUUUCUGCUGUGCUCCUUCCCUUAUGAAGGCCCACCUCCAGUUACACUUAACACUGCUCCAGGUGCCACCCAGUGGCCUAACGGGUCUCAGGCUGGGUUAACCAAGCUGGAGGUUUAUACGCCAUCACAGGGCCUGAUCUCCUCUUACACUAAGGCUCCUUUACACCGCUCUGGCAGGGCAAAAGGGCCAGAAAGAGGGCACAAAUGUAAUUUAUUCCCCCUUUAAGACCCCUUUCCUCUUGCCAGUGUGGUGUCAGGGAGCCUGUUUGUAAAUAAGACUCUGGCCCCUUGAUGUCAUAUCAGAUUUGCUCUGUACAAUAAGCCCCUGAUGCCUCCGGUCAUUUGCAAAGCAUUGUCCGCUGCACUCUAGACUCACCCCCUCGCUCUCUCAUAGCUACAGGACACCUCCUGGAAAAGAACAUUUGUUCCUUGCGAGCUCACCUGCUCCUGCUGUUUACUCCCCACAUGAACCUUUAAUCCUCCCCACCGUCGCUAUGGAAAUGACGGUGACCCUGGAAGAACACAUGAUGGCUGCAAACAAGCAGCUGUGCACUCCGAAAACCCCACGCUCACUUCACACUGGAGUCACUGGUAACACAAAGCACCAGGCAUCUUGUCAGCUGGGUCCCAUACACCACUGAACUCUGAAAAUUCUCUGCCAAUGAACAGUGCUGCUUCUGGCUCCGUUGUCCUGUUUGUCAAGUGGAAAGAGUUUUUUCUCACGCAACCUGACUGCCAGGCUGGGCAGACCCACCCCUGUCGGCCUGGCCGUGAUUCACCUGGGAGAAUGGCUGUUUCUUUGGUGAGAGUUUGGCCGACGCUGAAAUCUUGUCAUUUGUGUGCUAGCAGGCAGCACUUGGAGAGUCACAAGAACCCGUUCAGCCCCCUAAGAAACCUGGGCAAUUUGCUUCAGGUGAAAAUUGGCCAUUUUCCCAAAGAAGGGUCACCAUUUUCACAGUGAAAUGAGGCCUUUCUGUGUCUGGGAGCCACCUGUUUCCAUGGGUGUGGGAAAUUCAAGAUCGUUCCCACCCUUCCCUGCCCC